CCAGCACCGCCAUACACACAAGCCACAACUCCGGGAGGUAGGAGGGACGAUUAGGCAGGGUUUUUUUGUUUUUGUUUUUUUGCACCGGGGCACUCUCUGUCCUUUACAUCGGCGUUCUUUAGGGUACCCCUGCCUUGCUUCCACGCAUCAUCUCGAAGUCCGCCCGGGGGAGGUGGGGGGCGGAGGUUUCCCAAAAUCCUAUAUUCCAGGAACGACGUUAACACGACAAGAAGGCAGUUCUUCGUCCGGUGCAGCGCAGCCCCACCCGCCCCAAAAACUUCAAGCUUUUUGAGUGGAUCUCCUGGCUGGAAUUGGUCGGGUUGCUCCCUUUCCGAGGAGCUGCAGAGAGGGAAAGGCAGGUCGGCUUUUUUGGCAGCCCGCAACCACACCCUGCCGGCUGGCGGCCGUCCAACCGGGCUGGCUACACCUGGCGCGGAAGGAGGCCGGCGAGCCGUGGGCUGGACGCGGCAUUUAAGAGGCGCUCGGCUGCAGCGCGCUGUUGCCGAGCGCUCAGCCCGGGUCAGUGCACGAUGUUCCUCGCUCGAUGCCUGGGGACGGCGCUCCUGCUUUUGCUGGCCCCGACGCGGGGAUGCGUGGCGGCAGCUGCUGCUGCUGCGUCAGAACCCGACGGCGACACCGGGCCCGCUUGCCCUUCUUCUUCUUCUCCGGCCGGCUGCGAUUCCCCCGAAAGCGACCGUAAAGCGACUUGCGACGACGAGAAAGCCUGCGGAGUCCGGGAGGAAGGCGAAUCCUGCGGCGUCUAUACGCCCAGCUGCGCCCUCGGGCUGCGCUGCGUCCCUCGGCCAGGCGAGCGGACGCCUUUGCAAGCCCUGUUGCGCGGGAAGGGCAUCUGCUUGGCCCCGCAACCCAAGAGAGGAGGCGGCAAGAACCAGACGGAGAUGGAGCCCGUUGCAGGUGAUGGCAGAAGGGAAAAUUACCAGACAGAUAAUCCAACUCUGGAACCUCUCCUCCUUCAAAUCCAAGACCCUUUGCCAGAUGUCGUGGUGGACAAAUCCCAGAUACAACAGGACCCCCUAAAUAAUGGUAUUAAACAGGAAUUUGAUAUGGGUCCCUGCCGCAGGCAUUUGGCAGCCAUCUUGCAGGAGCUGAAAGCCCCCCUCUACAUGAACGGCGAAGAUAUCUUCAUUCCCAAUUGUGACACCAAAGGCUUUUAUAGGCGAAAGCAGUGCCGGACUUCCAAAGGUCAGAAGAGAGGCCGAUGCUGGUGUGUGGAUAAGAGAGGCCAUCUGUUGGAAGGGCUGGAAGAGAGCCCCCUCUGCCUGCUUGCUAACAAUGACUGAAGAUGCAGAAAAGACCGGAGGCCACCAUGGUCCAGCAGCAGCAGAAUUCUUGACUGAGGGGACUUCGUUUUAUUAGAACAGUCGUGGAAAAUGUAUGCUUGUAAUUUAUUGCACAGUUGUUGCCUUGUUGGGAUCCUGCCUUCCCUGGGAUAACUUUGGAGCUCUUAUGGUGUCUAAUAAUACUCUACAAAAGACUGCUCAGAGAAAUAGCCAACUGGGGUCUUGUUAACUGCAUGACCGAAGAGAGGUGUUGAAUAAGCUACCAAUAGUUGCAUUAUAGCAAUAAUGCUGGCACUUGAAUCAAUUCUCUUAUACCAGUAAAGAUGCUUAUACAAGUAAAGGAACAAGAAUAGCCAGUUCCUGGAGGUGCAAUAUAUAUACUUGGGCUACCUUCUAUAAAUUGUAUAGGGAGAUCAGGAUUUAUCUUAUACAUGCUACCCAAAGAGAUGUGUUUUGUGGAAGGGGUUUUUAAUAGCACAAUUGUAGUACUCAUUAAGGGUGACAUAGGAGGAAGUAAAAUUUGGCCAAGUUUUUAAUGGCCCUCAUCUACAAUUUAAGCAAGAAAAUGAAAGUGAUACAGAUACUGGAAAUGAGAUGUAUGGAAGUUUUAGCUGUACCUUUAAUGUUUUUCGCACUCUCCCUUGUGUUCUGUUUCAUGGCUCUCCCCAGCAUAUCCUUUUAAAGAGUUAUCUAGAUGACAGGAAAACCUGAAGCUGCCUUCCCCGCAGAAAAGCAGUGGAUGAUGGAUUGUCCCUAUUUGCCAUAACGUGCUUUAAUUUAAUGUGUUUAAACAGAUAGGUCUCUAUUUCUAUAUGUUUUACUAUAUGUUUGGUUUCAAUAAAUUGGAUGAUUAUGCCAU